GGCGAGCCUGUACUUGUGCAGAGACCAGUUGCAACAGAACUCCUGAAGCCAUGGCCAUGAGGGCUCUUCCGGUGACCCCUUCCAAGAGCUCCACGUUUGGAGCUCACCAGACCAUGCCGUCCUUCAGGCCGAGCGGUGGUAGCCCCAGAUCAGUUAGAGCUUAUGCAAAGGGAAAUGAGGAGGAGGGCAACAAGCAGUCCCUGUUUGGGAGCAUCACCGAGGCGCUGGACUUCUCGCAGGUCAGGUCGGAGAAGGACGCCGAGCUGCUGUACGAGGCCCGGGAGAAGACCAAAGGUGGAGGGAGGAUGACUAGGGAACAGUACGGAGCACUUAGGAGGAAGAUUGGCGGCACCUACAAUGAUUUCUUCAAGUCGUAUGUCGAUGUCGACGGGGAAUACGUGGAGGACGGGUGGGUCGAUAAGACCUGCAAGAUCUGCAAGAAGGACACAAGGGGGGAGCCAAGGCAGGUUGACAAACUAGGGAGAUAUGCGCAUGUGGCAUGCUUGGAGAACCCAAAACCGGCAAACUUCUUCACCAAACUUUUUGCCAGAUGAACUUCGAUUGUUCCAUCAGAAGCAUUGUUUCACUCAUGGUUAGAUAUAUAGAUUUUGUUAUGGCCUCAAAGGGCCUGGAUUCUGCUAUAGGUUCAAUUUUCCAUAUGAACAAAGGCAUGAAUCGGAAAAGAUCAGAACACUGAAAAUAUUUCAUAUAGUAGCAUAAGACUUCACAACAA